AUGCCUGCCGAAACUUCCAACGACUUCAUUGAUAACCCUAUACAGGGACCUGCAGAGGGGAGUAUCGACAAAUAUCCAUUGGAGAGAGAUUUUCAAGCAUCCACACGCUUGUACCUUCAACACUUUAUCUGCAAAAGACAACUAGGACACUUGUUGCAGCCAUGCAUCCCAUUGACGAACGAAAUCAAAAUCGCUGAUAUUGCUUGUGGCACAGGGAUUUGGCUCGUUGACUUGGCAAAAGAGUUAGCCAAGAACUAUCCAUUGGCCCAACUUCAUGGAUAUGAUAUUUCCACUGCACAAUUUCCUCCAAAGAGAUGGUUGCCUAAAAAUGUCCUCUUGGAUACAUUGGAUAUAUUGAAACCUAUACCGAAAUCUCUACAUGGAGUUUUCGAUGUGGUACACGCAGGAUAUUUGUGCCUAGUUGUGGAGAAGGGCGACCCGUUCCCAAUAUUGGACAAUCUUUUAAAAUUAUUGAAGCCCGGUGGAUACAUUCAAUGGGAUGAUGGUGAUUUCGGCGGCAUAUAUGCGCAAUCAACAGACCCUGGAGAACCCCAUACGGCAAUGGAUGAGUUGAAGAGUCAAGCCCACCGCUUGGUUUCGGGCAAAUAUAAUGACUUUCGCUGGAUCACCGAGUUGGACAAAGCAUUUCAGAAACGAGAUCUGUUCGUGCUGGCCAACCAAUACGUGCCAAUCGAUGAUGAGAUUGCAUAUCCUUGGACAAUGACACAUCUUAUGGCGUCAGUGGAAAUGGGUAGAAUCAUCGAACGCGAGAGGGGUAAUGCCGAAGAAUGGUGGAAUAUGCAUCAUCGUGCAAUUGCCGAGAUGUAUCAUGGCGCAAGUCUUAGAAUGAGCAUGGUCAGUGUGGCAGGGAGGAAACCAGGGGCCUAA